AUGGCUCGUGGCCACUACACCACAAGAAGCGCUUCUAUGGCUUGUAAAGAGGAAAGACAACGCACGAAAUUCUUUACGGAAGAUUUCGUCAAAACAAUGACAAAGUCAACUUUUGUCAGUUGGACAGCGGCAAACCCUCCCGCAUCAAUAUUUAUCUCUGACUUAUCGCAAAGGCUUAAAGAUAAUAUGCACGAAAAAGAGAAGAAUGAACAAUCGGAAGAAAAUCAUCCCAAUAAUCCGAUUUUUAUGACUGAGAGUGAAGAAAUCGAAACAAUUAGAAAAACAAGUUUGUUUGCACAAGAUGUCACAGAGUCUGAACAAGACAUUAUAGAUAAGCGUGUGGCAUUGCAACAACGACAGUAUGCAGAGUUCGAAAGACGUGAAAGAGAACGAAAGUCACAAAAAAUUCGAGCUGUAUUUGAGUUUGUAUCUGACGAAGAAAUUGAAGAGGCGCUCAAAGAUUGUGAAAAUGAUGAGGAAGAAGUUAUUGUAAGAAUGACACAGCCACGUUAUCUGAUUGAAAUUCGUAAAACAAUAGCUGAAAGGAAUAUGCGUUCUUAUCAUAGCAUGUUAAAUUUGAUGACUGAUGAACAAAAAGAAGCAUACGAACAACUCUUAAAGAAACGAAAAGAAACUUUGAAGAAAUGGACAGGAGAAACUGCCAAAAAACAAUACCGUAUGAAAGGUCGUCUUGCAUUAGACGAUGCUUUGAAACAAGUUCAAGAUAACACAAAAGAUCUCGAAAAGGCAUUUGAGGGUUGGUCAGAAGCUCGCAUCAAGGCAUAUAAAGCAAUUGACACAAAACCUAACACUUAUUAUUAUCGGUUCAAUGCCCCUGGUGAAGAACAGAAAAAAGGACAAUGGACACAGGAGGAAGAGGACCUAUUUUUCAAACGAUUGAAAGAAAUUGGUGCAGACGGCCAAUGGGGAAUAUUUUCGAUGUCAAUCCCAGGUCGCGUUGGUUAUCAGUGUUCAAAUUUUUAUCGAUUACUAAUAGAAACAGGACGUGUCAAAGACCCUAAUUACGUACUAGAUGAAAAGGGUAAAGCCCAUUUCUUAUUCAGCACUAAGAACAAAAAAACCGGUGAAACCGAAAAAACUUUCCGAACACAUACUAAGCAUGGAAGUGCUUCUCGGAAAAGGACGUCGUCUCAAUCUACAAGUAAAACAGCACCUACAAAGAAAAAACGAAGUUACAUUUUGAAAUCAUGGAAUACAACAAAAAGAACAAGAGCCCAAUCAUCGUUAGGUAAAGGUCCCCGUAAUCAUGAUACCGAAAUGGAUGAUGAUGAUGUCGAAGAUGACAAUCCAUUACCUGGAUUCAUUGAUCCAAUAACAUUAGAAGCGGUGGUUAAACCUGCAAUUUCUCCGUAUGGACAUGUGAUGGGGUAUGACAGUUGGGUUCGAUGUCUUUCUUCCGAAGCCAAAAAGAACAUCUGCCCUUUAACCAAAAAACCCUUGACAAAACGUGAACUUGUGAUUUUGACAAAGGACAAUAUUGAUCAAUAUCGGUUUGAUUUUGCUAUGUCUAUACGUUCGAAAGUAGAAUUAAACCAAGCUGAAAAAGAUAGCGAAGGAGAACCAAAAAAAUUCACUGUAGUUUAUAACCAUUUUUCUCUAGUUCGCAAUUUUCAUCUUGCAGAUGUUAUUACAAUAGCAAAUGGUGCAUGUGGCUCUUCUUCAAUUUUUUCAAGCAUACAAUAUUUGAUCACACGAGAUGAAAAUUUUCUUUGGAUAAGCUUAUUAUUAAUGCCAUUAGGAAUGGUAUUUGAUCUUUUUGAUGGAAAAGUAGCAAGAUGGAGGAGGACCGCUAGUAUCUUGGGACAGGAAUUGGAUUCCUUAGCGGACUUGAUAUCAUUUGGUGUUGCUCCGGCAGUAUGUGCUUUUGCAGUUGGCAUGCGAACAUUCUUGGAUACGGUUAUUUUAAUAAUUUUCAUAUCUUGUGGAAUCGCACGUCUAGCACGCUAUAAUGCAACAGUAGCGUCUCUUCCCAAAGAUAAAUCCGGAAAAAUUCACUAUUUUGAAGGCACACCAAUACCAACGAGCUUGUGUAUAAUUGCGUUAAUUGCUUAUCUUGUCAAAAAUAAACGUAUAGAUGAGAAUCUACUUGGUGGGGAAAUUGGCAUCGUUCAAGGCUUUACCUUUCAUCCUUUGGUAUUAUUAUAUGGAUUGAGUGGAAUGGGAAUG